CGUACAGAGUAUAUGGAUGCGUUUUCCACUCGAUAUCCUCCAUUUCAACGAUCGUUGUACAUAUCGUCGCCGCCUGGAAAUCACCACCGUUUUCCGAAUCUCCAACAUCAUGGUGGCGUCGCCUGUCGAUUGGCCAUGAGAUUUCACAAUCUUCAACGAAUCACUACCGCUCUUAACCUAUCUCAUCGCAAUCGAAUUCAACUUUCUCUCAAAAGCACAAUUUAUCUCGAUCUCAGUUUUGAUUUUAAUUCCAACAGCAUCAUGGAUGGUUCCGGUGCUAAAAAUGAAAUACGUUCAGGUGACGGUUUGAGUGCUGUUAAGGAUACAAAGGAAACGGAGAAGUUGCCGGAAAUCCCUCCGCCUCCGGAGAAACCGUUGCCGGGAGAUUGCUGUGGCAGCGGGUGUGUUCGGUGCGUAUGGGACAUCUAUUAUGAAGAGCUCGAAGAAUAUAACAAACUUUGCAAAGGAAAAUCUGAUGCUACAAUCGGAUCGAAGGUUUCUUAAACAUUAUGCAGAAAUUAUUCCAUUUUCGUGACUUAUAGAUUUGUUUGAUGUUCAUUUAAACAAUUGAAUUGGACAUCUGUUGUAAUUUUAUGAACUUCGAUAGGUGCUGAAUCUGUCCAGGCACCAAUUGAUUGAAGAUGAUUAUUGAAAUCUGGAUGAAUGAUACAAUUCAAAACUCAUGAGCUUGUAAAAGUUAAUCUCUAAUUUGAUUCUUUGGCAUUGAUGGUGA